AUGGAGAUCAUCAAAGAUUGUUCUCUGAGACUCGUCAGGUUGUUUUUAGUCUUCUAUAAAGACAUUCGAUAUGCAAAAGACAAUAUUUUAGUGAUACCGAAAAGUAAAUAUAAAGAUGAUGUUAAUCCAACAUUCUACUUUCAGUAUAUAUCUGCCUCUAAAAAUUACAAUAGUCAAAAGUCUACCAACUGGUAUUGGAUAAAAGGCACUAUAUAUUCUUCAACUCAAGACUCUCGUAACAAGAGCACGUUUUUUGUAACGUACACUUAUGAGAUUUUAAACAAGAAGGAACCAGUGUUUGGUCGUGGAGUCUGUUCUUCACCCAAUUGUGGUAUGUAUAUCACAAAUGCAAAGUUCGAGAACAGUUAUUUAGGCUUGAACUGGAGGAGAAAAACUCGAAAAAAGUAUGCUUACUACAAAGCUGAUAAUAUUGAAAGUAUUUAA